AUGCAAUACGUUCGAAAUCUCAGCGACUCAGUCUCGACAGCAUGGAACUCCAUCAACCCUGCCACGCUUAGCGGUGCUAUUGAUGUCAUCGUUGUCCAGCAUGAAGAUGGCUCUCUCACCUGCUCGCCCUUUCACGUGCGAUUCGGCAAGUUUUCGCUACUGCGACCGUCUGAGAAGAAAGUCGAGUUCAAGGUCAAUGGCAUCAAACAGGAGUACUCCAUGAAGCUCGGGGAAGGCGGCGAGGCCUUUUUUGUCUUUGAGACUACUGAAAACGUCCCUGCAUCGCUCCAAACGUCUCCGCUCGUUUCUCCGGUCAGCAGUCCCGGACUGGGUCCUGAGGAAGCGCCUGCCGGACUCAAUGAUCCCGAUAUUCUUGAACUUGAUCAAGAACUGAGCAACUCAACUCGGCCACCAGCCGCUGUACUGCAAACUCAGCCUGACGAAAAUGGCAUGAUGACUCCGCUAUCGGCCUCACCAAAUAUGUCAAAGCCGCGUCCGAUGUCUGGUGAUUGGACCUCGUCCUUGACCCGGCCGCACAGUGACGACGUUCUCAGGCAGUCUGCAAGAGCUGUCAAUCGUGAUGAUGAAGACGAGUCUAGAGAUCCCAACGAAUCCGAAAGAUCACACAGCCCUCCACCUAUGGGAAUGGAGCGGGCUAGAACUCUAGCCAAGGAGCUGUCUGCUGUAAACAUACCUAGCCGCGUCACCGAAACCGGAGACCUCAUGCUCGAUAUGACUGGUUUCAAGAGCAGCGAAGAGGACAUGCUCCAGGCAGAGAUCCUCGCUAGGAAGAUUCUUUCUGAGGAGCUUGAGGGCAACUACGAUAUUGGCUCUCUUUUCGGCUUUGACGAGGAAGGCAAUUUGUGGAUCUACAGCAGUGAAGAGGCGAAGCAGGCGGCCAUGAAUAAAACGAUUGAGUCGUCGCUCAAGGCCCAUCGCCAUAACACGGCCGCCGAUGCCGUCUCUGAUCCAGGAUAUCACAGCGACGGCAGCGAUGUUACGACGAGCCCCCAUGUCCCAUCACACCGACGAUCAGAGUCCGACGCUGGUCCAUCAGGAUUGCAGACCCCUCCUCGGACCCCUCCUGGAUAUGCUUCAAACCCAAAUGUCAACUACGCCAAGACUCUGCGCUUGACUAGCGAUCAACUGAAGGCACUGGACCUGAAGCCAGGGGAGAACUCUAUGAGCUUCACUGUCAAUCGCGCAACUUGCGCCGCAAGCAUGUACUUGUGGAAUCAUGAAACUCCAGUCGUCAUCUCCGACAUUGAUGGAACCAUCACCAAGUCAGAUGCCCUCGGUCAUGUGCUAAACAUGAUUGGCCGCGACUGGACACACACGGGUAUUGCCAAGCUGUAUAGCGAUAUUGCUCAAAACGGAUACAAUAUCAUGUAUUUGACAAGUCGGUCCGUUGGACAGUCUGAUACAACUAGAGCGUAUGUCAAUGGCAUCGUUCAAGACGGAUGCAGGAUGCCCCAUGGCCCUACAAUCUUGUCGCCGGAUCGCACUAUGGCAGCUCUGCGGCGAGAAGUUUAUUUGCGCCAGCCGCACGUAUUCAAAAUGGCUACUCUUCGAGACAUCAGCAGCCUAUACGGACCAGAUCAUAAUCCGUUUUACGCUGGGUUCGGCAACCGUCUGACGGAUCAGAUUUCUUACCGAACUGUAAAUGUACCCAGAACCAGAAUUUUUACUAUCAAUUCCAACUCUGAGGUGUCUCUGGAUCUUUUAAGCCUCAAUAAGCUGAAGAUGAGCUAUGUCAACAUUAACGAGGUUGUCGACCACUACUUCCCUCCCGUCGCUACACUAGUGAAGGGUGGCGGAGAAGACUACACCGACUUUAAAUAUUGGCGCGACGAGCCCCUUGAGCUUGACGAAUUCUCGGCUAGCGACAGCGAAGAACUAGAUGUGCCUGGAGACAAUGAAAGCACAUACACCGUCGACGACGACGAAGAGAUUGGCGACGGCCUUGUCGACAGCUACAUCUCACGCGAGUCGAUAGACGAAAGCGUGGAUGACGAUAAUGUCGAAAAUGACGAGGAGUACGAUGAGGACGAUGAAGAGGGCGAAUACGAAGAAGACGACGCUGGGUCUGACGAUGAAGCCCAGCUUGUUGAUCACAUGGCCAGGUCCAUGAUUUCCAGCAAGGGCGUCGAAGAGGACAUCGGCGCGGAACUAAUCACGGGGUUGAGCGGCAACGGCGUUGCGAUCGAAUCACAGGAAGUAUACGUUGAAGAGCCCGUCGAGAUUCGGCCCACACCUACACCCACACCUGAGCGAGCAUAUUAG